AUGGGAAAGUGGUUCAAAUGUUACACAAACGUGGUUACAAAGAAAUAUAUGAUGGGUAAAUCAUGUGGGGUUUUAUUCCAUACUAGGAGGACAUCUUUGAAAAAGUGGGGAUUUGUCACUGAACGGUUUUCAUACCUUGUUCUUAGAAAAGGAACUCGAAAUGAAGAAGACAAACCUUGGCCAAGAAUUCUGGAGCACGUGAAGUUGAGAGGAAGACAUGUUAUUUGCAAGCUAUGCUCAAGUAAUGGUGAUAUUGAGCAGAAGAUACUAACAAAGAAGAAGGACAGCGAUAUCUACAAGUGUGCAAGACAUCUUAGUAAAUGGGGAGACUUAAUGCCGAUAACAGAAGACAGAAAACGUCCUUUGAAGAACCCUCACGUUACUUUAACACGGCGAGGAAAGCUCAGGAAAUAACUUGUGCAAUCAAAUUUCUUAGUUGAGAGUUUUUUCGUUGACCGAGAAGGAAAAGACUAUCUAUCUAAUAAUAAAAAAACUACGAUUGUUGAGUCUGCUAACUUUUGUACUUACCAUUUUUUUUUUCACGGUCAAAUUGAAAAGCAACCAUUUUAAUGUAAUAAUCGCCAUUGAAAAUGUAUAAAAAAUUAUUUUGAAAAAUGGUUGUCGAAAAUUGAUAAGAAGCUUGAGCUAUUAUCAAGUACAUAUUGCUCAAGGGACUUCUAAAAAGAGAAUAGUUCUUGUGCUUUAUUGGAAAUACGAAUUUUGUUUCAUAGCUAUUGUCGCUGCCAGAUAAAGAGGGAAUUAUAGAUUUCUUUAAUUCUAUAUGUUUUCCAUCCAAAAAUCUCUGAAAUAAGUAAASAAAUUAGUAACACUGAAAAUUGAAAAAAUCAACAACAAUAAUAAAAAUAAUGAAGCUUAAACAAGAGAUCAUGCUCAUAGUAUAUUUUAUUUAAACUUUACCUUAAAACGAUGAUUUGUGAUUUGUUUCACAACUCCACGUCAAAUGAUUUAUCUUAUGAAUUUUGCAUUAAAAGAUUUCAAUUCCAUUAGUAUAGCAUUCUUGGAUUUCACAGUCAUUAAAAACAAGGUUCUUACAAUUAUCUGGUGUAAAGUUUUGUUUGGUUGGUUGGUUGGUUUUUUGUUGUUUGUUGUUUGUUGUUUGUCCUUGAGGAACUUUGUAAAUCAUUUCUAAGUUGUAACGCAAAAUAUUACCUUGGAUGUAUGAGUUGUUUUAUAAGUAAUGAUAAAGUUUUCAUGCUAAAACAUCUUUUUCAAAUUCAGUAUUAUUCAAACUUGGAAGAACAUUCAGUGUAGUUCGAUUCCUGUGUUAUGGUUGAGGGAAUUCCUAUAGGGCGACUCUUUCGAUCCACAUAAAUCCGCCCCUGUUAUAAGUGUCAUCUUAUUCGCUAUUUCAGUACAAUCGACAACUGUUCAUGAAAUCACAUGGA